UGUUACACCAGUCUCUUGCUGUAUGUUUUACGUAGAGUGAUGCUGCUGUUCCAAAGUUAUCCAAGUGACAUCCCCCUUUGAAAGGUGUCUUGAGUCUGAGUGGCAUUUUGAGCAAGAAUGUAUAUAGAAUAAAGCAAUAAAGUUGCAUAGGAGGGGACUUAAACAAUUUUCUAAAAUGUGGUUUAAUAUUUCCAGCAACUUCUAAAAAAUAUACAUGCCCAGGUAGUAAGUGGAAGAGAAACUUUAUCUCCCUAACAGACUUCAGAUGAAACCAAGCAACUAUAAACUUUAUUUGCUAGCUUUGUGUCUUCUAGCAGACAACAGGUGACAAAUGCUUUGAAGGAUGGGUACGCUAUGUUUUAAAUCUCACUGAGGCAGUGAGACCUUUAAUUACCCCAUGGUUCUGUUGAUGAUGGUGAAGAGCUAUAGCUCAUAUUCCCUCAGUUAUGUUGGUGCAGCAAGAAUAACAAGCAACUUUUUUAAAAAAGUAUUUUUGUUACUGAAGUCAGCACUUGCAUCUCUGAAUUCACACCAGGAACAGAUGUGAUAAGAAGACACCAUUUAUAUGCACUCGUUGUUUGGGACUGAACUGUUCUUAAGAGAAAAUUGCGUGGAGAGAAGUCUGUGAUGAAGAAAAGCUCUUUUUAAUCUGCUGAUUCUUUGGAACCAGGACAAGGUUUUUAUGGCUUUUAAGCAGCCAUUUUUCCCUUAUCAGUCAUUGUUUUGAUUGAAGAGAUGGAAAAAUGAAGUGAGCAACUCACAAAGAAGAUAUAGAACUGUUUUGAAGAGCUUCGUUUUCAAAUACUCCUCUUGGAAUCAAGUCUGUCACACAGAUUGGAAAUCAGAACCCUCCUCUGUGAACAGUUUUCAGAGUCUGGGCAAGAUCACCAACCUGUGAAAUUCAUGAAGAAUAUUCCUGUUUAACUGAAUGUGAAUGAGACCGAGUUCCCUUAUUUUGGGCAGGAAAUAAAGAAAGAGCACGCACAUGAAUCAGAAUAAGGCAUGCUAUGAUGUGAUGACUUGUUCAGAAGAUUACUUAAAGAGAGCCAUGAAGGGAAUGCCUUAUCUAAGAAUGAAAGCAUGGUGACUUCUGAAUAUUACAUCACCAAAUGAGGAACCCACAAGCAAGACAUAAUUUCUACCUGGCGGCACCUGACUUGCUGGAUCCCAAAUCGGCCACUCAGAACUCCAAACCGAGAUUAUCAUUUUCUACCAAGCCUACCGUGCUCUCUUCACGGGAGGAAAGUGAUUCAGCUAUCAAUGUUAUGAAAUGGAAGACAGUCUCAACAAUUUUUCUGGUGGUAGUCGUGUAUUUAAUAAUAGGAGCAACAGUGUUUAAAGCCCUGGAGCAGCCUCAUGAAACCUCCCAGAGAGCCACCAUUGUGAUUCAGAAGCAGACAUUCGUAUCUCAGCAUUCCUGUGUGAAUGCGACAGAGCUUGAUGAACUGAUUCAGCAAGUAGUGGCAGCAAUAAAUGCAGGAAUCAUACCUUUAGGAAACACAUCUACUCAGAUCAGUCACUGGGACUUGGGAAGUUCCUUCUUCUUUGCUGGCACUGUUAUUACCACCAUAGGCUUUGGAAACAUCUCCCCACGCACACAAGGUGGAAAGAUAUUCUGUAUCAUCUAUGCCUUACUGGGAAUUCCUCUGUUUGGUUUUCUCUUGGCUGGUGUUGGAGAUCAACUAGGGACAAUCUUUGGAAAAGGAAUUGCCAAAGUAGAAGAUACCUUUGUUAAAUGGAACGUGAGUCAGACAAAGAUUCGCAUUAUUUCAACAAUAAUAUUCAUACUCUUUGGCUGUGUGCUGUUUGUUGCUCUUCCUGCAGUUAUAUUCAAGCACAUAGAAGGCUGGAGCACACUAGAUGCAAUUUACUUUGUUGUUAUCACUUUAACUACCAUUGGAUUCGGUGACUAUGUUGCAGGAGGAUCAGAUAUUGAGUACCUAGAUUUUUAUAAGCCAGUGGUGUGGUUCUGGAUCCUUGUUGGGCUUGCUUACUUUGCAGCUGUUCUCAGCAUGAUUGGAGACUGGCUAAGAGUCAUAUCAAAAAAGACAAAAGAAGAGGUAGGGGAAUUCCGAGCCCACGCUGCAGAGUGGACAGCCAAUGUCACCGCGGAGUUCAAAGAAACCCGAAGACGCCUGAGCGUGGAGAUCUAUGACAAGUUCCAGCGGGCUACCUCCAUCAAAAGAAAGCUCUCUGCUGAGCUCGCUGUCAACCACAACCAAGACCUGACCCCCUGCAAGAGAACCCUGUCAGUCAACCAUCUCACCAGUGAGAAGGACCUCUUGCCAGCUCUAACAAAGACAGACAGCAUUUACAUGAAUGGUUUGACACCGCACUGUGCAGCAGAAGAAAUAGCUGUCAUUGAAAAUAUUAAGUAGCUGUGACGUUGGGUCCCAGUCCUUGAGAAGCUCUUGGCUUUUAGACUAGCCAUACACCCUUUUUUUCUCCACCCUGUCAAAGAUCAAUGCUAAUAGCAUUUUAUAUGUGUGCAUGAGUUCCACAGAAACUGCAGUCCAGAGUUACCAUCGCAUCUCUUCAAAGACACAAAGAUGAAUGGCACUUCUGUUAUCGAAAGAUGCUGGAACACGCAACGUCUUCUGCCUUUAUCUGCCCAGACUGUUUUUCACUUCUCCUAAUGUGCCAUACGGCCUAAAGAAUGAAUCACACUUGUUUAUGGUAACAAUGUAGCUUUGAGGGAUCAGUCCUUAAUAUUUCAGGGUCUACCUUACUGAGCCUAGGAAUGGACCAUUUAUGGACUACAACACAUUUGUAAAUGGCAAGAAAUUCUUAUGCAGCCUUUUACCUAAGAAAUUUUUGUCAGUGCCUUAUCUUUUGGAGAACCAGAACCUCUACAAUUCCUGUAUGUUUUCUUUUCUUUUUUUCUUUUUUCUUUUUUCCCUUUUUUGCAUGAGAAGUGCUUUUCAUUUGAGCUUUCGUUUUUCUUGAAAUGAUGGUGUUUUAAAGGUGUCUGCAUUGAAGAUACCAACCAGCAUGAAUGAAUGCCAAAACUCAACAGUCAUCAAAUGAUGUCCUUAGCUCUGAAUUUAAAGGCACUGCAGUUUUGAAAGUUGCAAAUAUGUUCCCCGGUAGAAUUUUGUUUUUCUCAGGUCCAGCUGAUAUUUGUUCACACUGACUUGGAGAACCUGCAGAUCCUCUUUAGGUCUUAUUUUUUUUCAAGAAGUGUUCAGCAGAUUUUUUCUUCUCUGUGUCAGAUGUACCAAAAAAAAAAAAAAAAAAGAAAAAAAGAAAAAAAAAAUCAGCUUUCUAUCACUAAGUUAUUUGGUAGAUGACAAGCAAAUAAAGAUGGCUGUUUUGAGGAGAGGCAGGAGAGGCUUUUAAUUGCUGUAUUCCAAUAACCGCAUCCAGAAACCAAUGCAGCAAAAUACAACCAUUUUCAAUGAGAUAAACCUUCUGCCAGAUAUUUGCUGUGCAGCGAGGAUCUUAACUUCCUCCUUAAGUCGCACCACACACCAUAUGAUAUUUUACACAGGAACCCUGCUGGAGUGCUUUCCUGAAUGUCACGCUGUACAGUGGCUGCCUGUGCCGGAGCUGUGACUAAUAUGGGAAUGCGACUGAAACUGGUAUCACUGUGACUCCAUACAUUUCCAAUAGAGAUGGCUCUGAAUAUAAGUGCAGGCAUGAGGAAGAGCUGAGAAAUAGCACAAUCUGAAUACUGAUGAUUGUUCAGACAGGAUAGGCUGAUGAGAAGCAGAUCUAAGCCAGACUAUGGGUUUUCUUUAUUAGUUUUAAGAAAACACAUUAACUUUAAUUUUAUAUCCUCUGUUUUGCUUAUAAGUGUACGUGAGAUUCAGAAGAAAUGCAAGAUGGAACGGAUAACUUUAUGGUUUUUUUCUUAUAUUAGUCUACUGUAACAUGGCUGUACAUAACAUGAAUUGAACAGGCCUUAAAGAAUAAUUUAGGCUCUGUGUAAAUUAAAAAGAAUGAGACUUUGCUGAUUGGGCAUGAUUCAAGUGGCAAAUCUUACAGCAUCUCUGACCAUUAGAUAACAUGCAAGAUAUGAAUGUUAAUGUUUUUGGAUGCUUAGCUUGUUUUCUAAUAAAUAUAAGUUAAUAUGUAAAUUCAGUCAAUUCAGUGUAAAUAUCAGUCAAUUAACAUUUAUAGAGAGUACGCUUUUAAAAUUAAAGAAAUUCCAUGAAACAGCACCGAGCAAUGCUCUUAUAACAAAGACCCUCGUCUCCCCAGCACAGUGUUCUGAAUGUCCACAUGGCAAGAGUUUGUCUUGCCGUGUAUAAACUGUGAAUUGUAAUGAAAAAUAAAGUUUUUAAUUAAAAUAAGCUUUUCUGAACCUCCUGCUUGCUGUAACUGGAAUGCUAAGAAAUCAUUUGUGAAACUGAUUUUGUGUUUUCACUGGUUAGAGUAUAGCAGCUUUUCACCUGCUUUAAUUCAAGCUAGUUUAGCAAUAAAGGCUUGACUCAUCCAGCACAGAAAUAUUCAUAUAUAUUUUUUCUUAAUAUUAAAAAUAAUGUUCUUUGGUUGCUGUACUUGAUUUUGUGUUUCUUCCUGUUUUGUUCAAAAACGUGGCAGGACCAAGUUCAAAUUGUCGUGUGCUACGGAGCAGCAGGUGAUCUCUGUCCUGUCAAGUGGCAGUGAUGCAGGAUGCCCCGGUGGUGGUAACCUCCUGCAGUAGUAUGCACACCAGCAGCUCUCAGGGCAGUAACCUGUCACACCAGAACAAUCAUUUCUGCAGUGGGUGGUUUGCAGCAGCCUCUCUAAGCCUCAGCCAAGGGAAUAUUAGCUUGCAAAUGUGUGGUGGGUAAGUAAAGACUGAAGCGUGCUGUUUUCUUAAAUUGUUCCAAACAAAUUGUUCUGAUGUAGAUAGGACGUCUCAGUGACUUUUGGACCUGAUUUUCAUAAAAAAAUGAUCUGCUAAUGUUUAAAGAUUAUUGUUUCUGAAAAGAGAUGUUUAUCUCUUGCAUCUUUAUGAAGGUGGUGAGGCCCUGACACAGCUGACCAGAUAUGCUGUGGUGCCCCAUCCUUGGAGGAACUCAGGGCCAGGUUGGAUGGGGUCCUGGGCAGCUGAGCUGGGGGGCAGCUUUGCCCAUGGCUGGGUGUGGGGCUGGAUGGGCUUUAAGAUCUCUUCCAACCCGAACCAUUUUAUAAUCUAAGGUUAAGUCAUUGGAUCCUUACUAAUUGGUUUAUUUCAAUACACCAACCUGUAGCAGUGAUUGCCUAUGUGGUUUCUUUCAUUUUAAAGAAACUGGUCACCUUAGGACCUGCUGAAAACAGUAUAUUAUUUCAAGACUCUAUGAUAAUGUCUGUGAUAUUGGUAUAGAUAUUUGUUAAGUCCACUGAGCAGUUUCUUACCUUGAUUCUUGCAUGUGAUUUCUGGGAAAAGAACUGUUAAUUUGUAUAUACUGUUUUUAUGUUUUUGGUUUUUUUUUCACUUUCUUAUCUGAUCUGAAAUAUUCUACCUUAUCAAACUAAAAUAGAUUAGAUUUGGCUGUUUGGAACAAAACAUUAGCAAAUGCAAUCCUGAAUUCAUAGUUUUGAUAGUAACUAGAUAGUCAAAUGGGUCUAGUGCCAUUAGCAUUAUUAAAAACCUUUUUUUUCCCUUUCCAUGUACAGUGAUAGACAUCCUAAGGAUGGCAAAGUGAAUUUAUGAAACUUAGUGACAUCUGUAAAGAUAUUUCGUUUUCGUUCUUGUAAAAGCAAACUUUUGAAUUUAUACCACAUCUCUUUUGUGCUCUGGAAAUCACUCAUAGCUCUCUGUAUUUUUUUUUCCUAUGAAUUAGGACUUCUUGAAAUUCCACUUGCCACCUCCUUCCUCUCACACAUACAUGGAGAUGUUUCCCGAUGAUUAAGAUGCUUACUACUUAAGCAAAUACCUGAAAAUGAUAUUUCAUUCUGGUAAAGGUUUGUUUUCUCCUGCUCUAUCAAGCAAAUACCAUUAAAAAAAGUAAUUGACAAUCCUUUUUGAAUGAGAGAUAAGUUUUAGAACAUAAAGAUCUUUAAAGACAGUUUGCCACAUUGGAAAAAAAAAAAAAAAAGAAAAGCAUUUAUUUCUCAGUGUUAGUGGAAAUGUUACAUUAAUAGUAAUGGUCUGGAGUCUGUUAAAGAUGUAGCUAGUUUCGGUUGGCUAUUGCUUAUGUUCUGCCUUGUGUAAUAAUCCUGAUUUUUUUUUUCUUGCUUUUUCUGGAGUACUUACUGUUCUGACAAAGUGCCCAAAUUGUGGAGUUUGGUUAAAUCCUCAGUUCUUGGAUUGCUGUGCAUGAAAUGCAGGGAGAUUGAGUCACAGAGAAUGUGUGACGUAUCCGUGCUGACGUACCAUGGGAAGAGCUUACUUUUGUAUUCCUCCUCGAUGACUUUUGUAGCUCAGGGCUGGCAGUCCCCCAUUUUUCAGCAGUUGGGCAGCCAUGUGUCACUGCCUGAGCUGCAAAUAGCCUAACAGCAUCAAACCCAGAAGCUCGCUGAAUUUUAUGAACAUCCCAGGCCAUGCCUUCCUCUCUUCACCCCUUCCUGAAUUAUUUUUUGACACAACAGGAGGAAAAUUGGAGAGUAAAGCAGAAGUGCUAAACCUCUAAAGAGACCAGUCUUGAGCUGAAAUGGACCUUCCUUAAUUCACUAGACAAACCAUGACACCAGGAUGGCAGAUGGGAGGAAAUAUGGCCUGUAUGUUUGUUUUGAGCUGUUGUUCGUCCAGCAUCAUUUCUACAUCAGUGAUCUCUAAACAGGAAUACAACAUGCCCAGUAGAAGAAGAAAAGGAAGGCUGCUCCACUUAGUCAACCCUUCAUGAUCAUUGCAAGUCUAUAGAUGUAUAGAAAUUUCUUUUCUGUGAUGGUAAAUUUCCUGUCAGGGAAACUAUGUAUAAUGUUGAAAUUCAGCAGUAAUAUUUCUAAUAUAUUGCUGUCAUACAGUUAUGGGGUAAUUAUCUUCUCUUUCCUACCUUGCAGUAUUGUUUGAAAGGAAAGGAUUUUGUAUAUAUAAAAAAUAUACAUUUUACAUGAAUAUGUCAAAGUAGAAUAAUUAUUUUGUCAUAGAAGCACGUGCAAGAUUUUUGGUUGUGUUGCCCUGCAGAUUUAAAAGAAUAAUGCGAGCUUCCUGUGAGCAUUAUGUUGGGAAAAAUGAAGAAGAAGCUGGUUUAUUAGAAAUAAAAAGCUGUUGAGCUGCUCAUAGACAAAAAUACUGGUUCAUAUUUGAGCAAGCAUUCUGUGCUUUGCCAAAUUCUUACAGCUGUGAAGAACCUGUGCAAGAAUUAUUUACAACAGGUUUUUACACUUUAAAAACUCCGAAUAUGUCAAUUCUAGGCCAUUGUUUAUCAUGCAUUCACACACUUUCUGAAGAAUCUGUUGAGUAAGUUUACAAACAGGUACAUUGUUAUUACAGAACAUCAUUUCAUCCUCUUAUUACAAGAGCUGAGAUGGAAGCUUAUACAGCUUUUUAUUCUAGGCCCAUAUAUAUGUGUGCUUUCAAUUUGUAUUUAUGUUGUCGUGUAAUCUUAAAUUGGCAAAAAG